CACUUUUUUGUAAAUCUUUUAAGUUUUCAAACACAUAUUAAACCUAAUAGAUGGAAAGCAUUGCAGUGGGCCUGGCGGCCUUUUUUGAACUGAUGGGCUGCCAGUUUUUCCUUCCCCAACCAAAGGAUCGCUGCUCCCCAGCUCCAGAUUUGGCCAGCUGGAUUUUCUUGGCUGCAACGGUGUGUUUACUAUGGGAUAUCUCCAUCUAUCCUCGUCGAUUUAUGCACAUGGGUCGUGCUUGGCGUGUCCUGGUUGAGACUAUGGCAGCCAUUUUUAUAGCGGAGUUGGGCACCAUCGUCAUUUGGUGUGGCAUCGAGAGGUUCCUGUAUGGUGUGACGGAUGAGAUCUUGCAUUUGAUACGAAAUAGCUGCCGACCAUCACCCUAUUUAUAUUGGAUUUCUGGACUUAUUACCACCUUUGUUAGUGGGGCCUUUCUGUAUUUCGUCCUUAGAGCAACCGAUAGCAUAUACUAUAUAAAUAAAUUCGUUUUGGAGCUCUGGACUACCAUAAAGCUAUCCUUGCGGAUGCUUCGCUGCUAUAUGACAAUGAACACCAGGGGCAGACGUCAGGCCUUAAAGGUAUGUCAAUUAACCGGAAAAAUGACUAACAGAAGAUCAUCGUCGCGUAGAUGCUCUACACCGAAAGAAGAAGAAUACAAUUCUGACUGA